UGGUAUAUAAGCUUCUUCUUAGAGUCUGUUUGGCCAUGUUUUAGUGUCUCAAAAGCCAAAGCAUGCUACUACUAAAUAUGUUUCUAAAGAGACAUACAAAAUCCUUUUCUCUCCUUUGGCUUCGAUUAUUGCUAAUCUUGCUGAGCAUUGCUUCAGUUAAUGGAAAUGAGCAGAAGAACUUUUACAUUGUUUUUUUGGGAGCUCAUACAGAGAGCAGAGGCAAUGCACUUGACACUUAUUUAAAUGUUCUAUCUGCUGUGAAGGAGAGCUUCCUUGAAGCAAAAGAAUCCAUGGUAUAUAGUUACACAAAGACCUUAAAUGCAUUUGCUGCAAAACUGUCAGAGGAUGAAGCAAAGAAGUUAUCUGCCAUGGAUGAAGUGCUCUUGGUGUUUCAAAACCAGUACCGCCAGCUGCACACAACAAGAUCAUGGAACUUCAUCGGGUUACCUACAACUGCUAAGAGAAGAUUGAAAUCCGAGAGUGACAUAAUUGUUGCUCUUUUGGAUACAGGGUUCACGCCUGAGUCUAAAAGCUUCAAGGAUGAUGGGUUUGGUCCUCCACCAGCAAGAUGGAAAGGAUCUUGUGGCCACUAUGCAAAUUUCUCAGGCUGCAAUAAAAAGAUUAUAGGAGCCAAGUACUUCAAGGCUGAUGGAAACCCUGAUCCAUCAGACAUACUCUCUCCUGUGGAUGCUGAUGGCCAUGGCACUCACACUGCAUCAACUGUUGCAGGCAAUCUGGUCCCAAAUGCAAAUCUCUUCGGGUUGGCCAACGGAACUGCUCGUGGCGCCGUGCCAUCGGCUAGGUUGGCAAUUUACAAAGUUUGCUGGUCAUCUAGUGGAUGUGCAGACAUGGACAUACUUGCUGCAUUUGAUGCUGCUAUACAUGAUGGUGUGGAUGUAAUAUCUAUUUCCAUAGGUGGAGGGAAUCCUAGUUAUGUUGAAGACUCUAUAUCAAUUGGUGCAUUCCAUGCCAUGAGGAAAGGUAUAAUCACAGUGGCCUCAGCUGGAAAUUCUGGUCCAAGCCUGGGAACUGUAACCAAUACUGCACCAUGGAUUGUAACUGUAGCAGCUAGUGGCAUUGACAGGACCUUUAGGAGCACUGUACAGUUGGGAAAUGGAAAAAAUGUUUCUGGGGUAGGUGUGAAUUGUUUCGAUCCAAAAGGAAAACAGUACCCUCUUAUCAAUGGGGUUGAUGCUGCCAAAGACUCAAAAGACAAGGAGGAUGCUGGAUUCUGCUACGAAGGCACAUUACAGCCAAAUAAAGUGAAGGGAAAGCUUGUUUAUUGCAAAUUAGGAACAUGGGGCACUGAAUCGGUUGUGAAAGGAAUUGGGGGAAUUGGUACUUUAAUAGAAAGUGACCAAUAUCCUGAUGUUGCUCAAAUUUUCAUGGCACCUGCUACCAUUGUGACUAGUGGCACAGGUGACACUAUUACCAAAUAUAUACAAUCCACAAGAUCACCAUCAGCAGUGAUAUACAAGAGCCGUGAAAUGCAAAUGCAAGCUCCAUUUACUGCUUCAUUUUCAUCUAGAGGCCCAAAUCCAGGAUCCCAAAAUGUUCUUAAGCCUGAUGUUGCAGCUCCUGGCCUUGACAUCUUGGCAUCUUAUACUCUCAGGAAGUCACUCACUGGUUUGAAAGGGGACACUCAAUUUUCAGAAUUUAUUCUAAUGUCUGGGACUUCCAUGGCAUGUCCUCAUGUUGCUGGAGUAGCAUCUUAUGUGAAGUCAUUUCACCCACAUUGGACUCCGGCUGCAAUUAGGUCUGCUAUUAUCACCACAGCAAAACCAAUGAGCAAGAGAGUUAACAAUGAGGCAGAAUUUGCCUAUGGUGCUGGUCAAUUGAACCCAAGAAGUGCUGUGAGCCCUGGUCUAGUCUAUGACAUGGAUGCCUUAGGUUAUAUCCAGUUCUUAUGCCAUGAGGGUUACAAAGGUUCCAGUUUAUCAGCUUUAGUUGGUUCACCUGUAAAUUGCUCCUCUUUGCUUCCUGGUCUUGGCCAUGAUGCUAUCAACUACCCCACAAUGCAAUUGAGUCUGGAAAGCAACAAAGGCACAAGAGUAGGAGUUUUCAGAAGAACAGUGACCAAUGUAGGUCCUGCUCCAACCAUCUAUAAUGCCACCGUUAGAUCACCUAAGGGAGUGGAAAUCACAGUGAAGCCAACUAGCCUCACUUUUUCUAAAACCAUGCAGAAAAGGAGCUUCAAAGUAGUUGUGAAAGCCACAUCUAUUGGAAGUGAGAAAAUUGUAUCAGGCUCCCUUAUAUGGAGAAGCCCACGUUACAUUGUAAGGAGCCCUAUAGUUAUCAACAAUCCAUAAGGUUACAGUUAGCAUUGGCCUAACUAUGCUCAUAAAGUUGCCUUCGUAGCACUUGUUUUGCAUAAUGUAUUGUUGACAUUUUGUUUAUCAUGUGAUUACAAAUAUCUCUUGCAGUCUGUAUCCAAUACAAUCGUCAAAUAAAAAUGGUGUUAUAGUUUCA